CAGCCGGUGAUUGGCAGUACGGGACUCCAAUGGGCCUCAGAACCCACCCCUUCACCCCCAUUCCCCAACUCCGCCGGGACCGGAGGGCAAGAGCCGGCCCCGCUCUGCCCUGGGGGGCGGGGGGCCGGAGACUGUGUAGCGGAGGAGGGAGCGGGCGGGCUGGCGGCGUGGCCGCAUAAGAUGAGCAGCAGUUGCUCUGGGCUGGGCAGGGUCCUGGUGAUUGUGGCUGCAGCCCUAGUAUUUGUUUCUUCCUCUGGCCCUGAGGCCUGGGGUCCCCCAGGGGUCCAGUACGGGCAACUUGGAGACACCAUCGUGCUCUUGUGUCCAGGAGUGACUCCCGGAACACUGGUUUCCUGGCACCGGGCUGAUGGCCACGCACUCCUGGGGACAGCAAUGGCAGAGUUAGGGUUGGGACAACGGGAAUUGGUCCUGGAGCAGGUGGAUAGCAGAGACGAGGGCACUUACAUCUGUCAGUCCCAGGAUGGAGGGACCAAAGGCUCUGUGACGCUCCAACUAGGCUACCCCCCAUCUCGUCCCAUGGUUUCUUGCCGGGCAUCAGACUAUGAGAAUUUCUCCUGUUCCUGGAGCCCCAGCCGGGUCAGUGGCCUCCCCACACGAUACAUUGCCUCUUACAGGAAGAAAAUCAUCCUUGGAACAGAAAGAGGAAGGCCAGCACUGUCUGCAGAUCCCUGGCUAUGCUUACCGGAACUUCCUGGGGCUACCCGGUGUGUGGUCCAUGGCUCUGAGUUCUGGAGCCAAUAUCGGAUUAAUGUGACCGAAGUGAACCCCCUGGGGGCCAGUGCCCGCCUACUGGAUGUGAGCAUGCAGAGUAUCUUAAGACCAGAUCCACCACAGGGACUUCGAGUGGAACCAAUUCCUGGGGCUCCCCGACGCCUGCUGGUCAGCUGGGCCUAUCCAAACUCCUGGCCCCUCCAACCCCACUUUCUGCUUAAGUUCCGACUGCAAUACCGCCCUGUGCGCCACCUGACCUGGUCUAUGGUGGAGCCAGCUGGGCUGGAGGAGGUGAUCACCGAUGCCGUGGCUGGGCUGCCUCACGUGGUGCGAGUUAGCGCUCGUGACUUCCUUGAUGCCGGCACCUGGAGUGACUGGAGCGAGGAGGCCUGGGGAACCCCGAGUCCUGCAUCAGCUGCCUUUGGCCCAGGCACCAGACCUAGCGAGAGGCCCUCAGAGACAGAGACACCGACGCAGGCCCAGGCCCAGACUGAGAUGAAGCCAGAGAGACGAGUUCUGCCCGGGCCCUCCCUGCAGCCCGACUCUCAGCCGUUAAUGGACCACAGGGAUCCCCUGGAGCAGCUGGCUGUGGUAGCGUCUCUGGGUGUCUUCUCUUUUGUGGGUCUGGCUGCCGGGGCCCUCGCACUCCUGCUCUGGCUGAGGCUGAGAGGAAGCAGAAAAGGGGCUGCCCCAAAGCCUGGAUUCUUGGCUCCUAUGGUGCAGGUGAAGACCAUGCCUGUGGCUCAGAUCCUGUAGUGAACUUUGGAGGAUCUCAUUCCUGGUAGGACCUUUACAGUCAGCACCAGUGUGGAAAGGCAGCUGGAGUUUCUGGAAGGACAGUUGACUCCCCUCCAACUCCACCGUCUUGAGGGGCUAUUGUUUAGGGUCCAUUUUUGUGGGACUCACAAUAUCCCCAAUAUUUGCUAUUCAGUGAAUGGAUGAACAACUCCUUAGUCACGGGGCUCAUGUAAUAUCUUCCCUUUGCCCCCUCAACCCUGGCUCUGAGUAAGGGGAGCAGACUUCCCUCACAAACAUCUGGGACCAUAAGGGACAUAUAUGGAAAUACAUCCAAGGCAAGAUGAGGUGUGUUCCUAUGUACAUGUGGGAAAUAUCCACGUGUGUGUUUGUGUGUCUAUGUGUAGGACCCCGGGUACAAGUCAGGUGGGUGACAUGGGCUUUCUGAAGACUAUACAACUGUGGUUGUUGGGACACAUACCUGUGUAAGCCUCCUAGCUCUGUGUUUGUGUGUGGGCACCAAUGGAUGUUGGUGGGAGAGGAAGGCUGGAGGAGGACAGGGUAUUGUCGCCAUGUAUCUAUGUGAAUAAAAGGAAUUAGGAGUUCUUUGUCAUA